AUGAAAAGAUUGAGUAAGGAAAAGAUUGAGCUCAUUAAUGUACCAUGCAACAGCCAUUUAUCCAACAGAAAGCUUGCAGUGAAGUUAGGUUUAAGUGAACAAUCAGUACGAAGAUUCAGGAUCAAAAAAAGUAAAAAUCUCCCUGGACGUCCAAAUGUGCUAUCUAAAAAAGAAACCAAUGUCAUUUUACGAAAAUUUGGGUCUGGUUUACUACAGGUUAGUAGUGAUGGGGUAGCAUAUGUUGCUGAAUCGUUCGAUAAAAAAAUCGAAAAAUCAACUAUUAGGAAAUUAUUGAUCAAAAACGGCUUCAGAUCCAACAAAAAAAUUAAAGGACCAGCAUUAUCAAAAAAGAAUCUGAAAUUGCGUAUGGUUUAUCAUGCAAGCCAUUCUGAUUUGACAUAUCAAGAUUUCAAGAAUUUCAUUUAUACAGAUGAAAGCACAUUUAGAAUUUUUGGGGCCGUGGGCGGCCAGACGUACUACAAGCAUGUUGAUGCAUCUGCACCACAACAUCGAAUCAUUCGCACUCUUAAAUUCGGAGGCGGCGGUUUAAUGGUUUGGGGGUAUAUUUCAGGCACAGGUAAAAUCAAGGUCUAUCCUAUUGAAGGCAACAUGAACACAAUGAAAUAUAUUUCAUUAUUACGAGAUCAUGUUCUUGAUGACCUGAUUGCCUCUGGCAUUGACUUGAAAAAAAUGACCUUUGUGCAAGAUAAUGCAAGUUGUCAUAAGUCAGUAAAAACCAUUAAAUGNGGCCAGACGUACUACAAGCAUGUUGAUGCAUCUGCACCACAACAUCGAAUCAUUCGCACUCUUAAAUUCGGAGGCGGCGGUUUAAUGGUUUGGGGGUAUAUUUCAGGCACAGGUAAAAUCAAGGUCUAUCCUAUUGAAGGCAACAUGAACACAAUGAAAUAUAUUUCAUUAUUACGAGAUCAUGUUCUUGAUGACCUGAUUGCCUCUGGCAUUGACUUGAAAAAAAUGACCUUUGUGCAAGAUAAUGCAAGUUGUCAUAAGUCAGUAAAAACCAUUAAAUGGUUUAAAGACCAGAAUAUUAAGCUUGGGAUGCAUCCACCACAAUCCCCUGAUCUUAACCCCAUUGAAAACGUGUGGGCAUGA